UAUGGCAAAAAGUAAACAAGAGUUAAUGACUAGGGGUCCCAGAACAAGGGGUAAAGUGUCACAAUUCCACCAACAAACCCAAUUACCACAAGUAACACAGCCACACCCGCAACAAAAAGCUGUGAAAGAAAAGAAAAAAAGAUUAUCCAAAGAGCAUAGUCAUCAUAAGAAAAAACAAUCCCUAGACUCUCAUAAUUCUGAUAAUUCUGAAAAGUCUAACAAUUCCGACUCGGGAAGUAAAGAAUCAGGUGAACAUAAAUCCGAAUCCGCGUCCCAUUCGGAUCCUGAAUCUCAUUCAGAAUCUAUAGCGAAGAAAAAGAGUCGUAAAAAAAGGAAGAAAUCUCAUAAAUUGCAAAAGCAGCAUCGAAAAGAGAAAAGUGCGAAGAAGAAAGAAAAGAAACGUGUCACUGAAGUAGUAAAUGACGACGAAAAGGCUGUAAAAAAGAAGAGGAAGAGAAGAUAUAAAGAUGGAGGGGGUGACGAUUUAUUUGGGGGACAUGUGGGAGAUGUACAAGGAAUAAUGAGAGUUACUGGGGGAGCAGGUGAAGGUGUUAGCGACAAUAGAUCAGGAGAAGAGGCACUCUGUGUCCUAACAGAGGCAGAUGUAAAAACUAUUGAAGAGAAGUCGGCUUUCGUCACAGAAUGCCCUGGCUGUCAUUCAACGAUUCGAACAAACAUUCAGCACGAUGUUGAAAGUGAUUCAUUCGCUGUCAUAGCCGCUUUAUCAAUUUGUUGCCUAUGUUUUAUUCCAUUCUUAUUUAAGGAUUGUCAAACAGUUAGUCAUUAUUGCCCAGAGUGUCACCAAAAGAUAAGCAAAUCCAAACCUUUCUGCUAA